AUGAAGCGCGCCCAGCUGGGCAAAGGCGCAUCCCGGCCCGUCGACAGGCCAGCUUUUGGAGCUGGCACUGGAGCCGGGAUUGGAGCCUUUGGCGGAACCUCGCUCUCCUACCUCGCCCAACCGCCCUCCUUCGCUGCCGUCUCCGAUCCUCAUGUCGUCGUCUCGUUCAAGAACAUCCUGAAAAAGGACAGCACGACGAAAACCAAGGGUCUCGAGGACCUCUUGCAGCAUGUCCUCUCCCAUCCCUACGACGACACUGGCGGUGUCGACGAAGCUGUCCUCGAUAUCUGGACCCAGCUGUAUCCCCGCCUUUCCAUAGACAACGCCCGACGCGUCCGCGAGCUCUCCCAUACCUUGCAGUUCGAGCUUGUCAAGUCCGCUCGCAAGCGGAUGGAGCGACGAAUCCCAAAGGUCGUCGGCGCAUGGCUCUCCGGCCUCUACGACCGCGACCGAGCCGUUGCCCGUGCCGCCAACGAUGGCCUCUCGUCCUUCCUCACCACUCCCGAAAAGAUGUCUGCUUUCUGGUCCAGGUGCCAGACGCAAAUACUCGACUACGCCAUCGAGGCCGUCCGAGAAACCCAAGAUACCCUGAGCGACGAGCGGUCGACGACGAGCGAGGAUGCCGACGUCGUAUACUUUCGCGUCCUCACCGCCAGCAUGUCCCUCGUCCUCGGUCUUAUCCAGCUUAGAGGAGGGGACCUGGAAAGCUUUCGAGAAAAAUACGACGAAUAUUUUGCCGAGGAGGCCGUCUGGAAGAGCAUCACCUUCAAGGACCAACACGCUCGCAGGAUCGUUUGCCAGCUGCUCUUUGCCUGUCUCGAGCGCGACCUGCCCUACGCCGAAUCGGUCAAGGUUAAGCAAGCCUUCGUCACCGGAGGCCUAAAGACAAGCCAAGCCGGCUCUGCGCUCGAGUACGUCCGCGCCUUGACCAAGUUGACCCAGCGGAACCCCGACAUCUGGCUAGGGGGUCCGGCCGACAAGAAGUCUCCCUUCGCCCGGCUGCAGUCGUUCAUCGCCAAGGGCUCCCAGGGGAGUCCCCCAAAGUACUGGGAGUGUCUGGACAGCCUCUUAGCCUUGAUUCCACAGGACCUUCUUACCUCAGAAGGUGCCUCCGGCCUACUCGCGUCCCUGAAACUUGGUAUCGCCAGCCGUGAUGAGCCUCGGACCAACACCUCAUUCUCUUGGAAGUGCUUCGACGACUCUGCCAGGAGAUGCCUCAAAGCGCUCUCCGAAGACGACCAGCUGAUCUUGGCAAGGCAGCACCUUUUCCCUCUCUUCGAACAAUUCUUCUUCACACUAUCCGAACAUCCGACCUCGAUUCCUCUCGGACCGAAUUCUAUGACAAUUGUUGUCGACAUCCAUCUCGGCUUGUUGCGUUUGUCGUCCCGACUGGCUGCUGCUCUGGCGGCUGAGUGGGGGCGCCUCGGGGAUAUGCUUUGUUCCAACAUAUCUGGUUCUCUCCCCGGAGUAUCCAAAGGCUACCAAGAAUCACAGUCCAAGAUCAGCGAGGAAGCAAGACGCUGGUUUGGCCUCGUCGGCUUGUUGUACGACAGACUGCUCGACGCCGACAAGUCACUCGAUCAAACAGUGCACCCGUCGACCAAGAUAAUAUCGCAAUGCAUCAAUAUUCUCAAAAGUCGCAACAUGAAGCCGUUCGGGGCGGCGCAAGCUCUCGAAUACGCCUUGAGCACGUCGCCACACCUUUUCGUAGCUGAUACCGGUGUGCAACUAGCCGACUUUCUUCAAUCAUCUGCACUGGAAAGUAUGGAAACUGUCGUCCAGUCAGCAUCCUCUCCGUCGCUUUUCUCCUGCCUCGGCCUCCUUGCGGCCAUCCCAGAGAAAGGUUUUGACUACGAUGCAUUGUGGAAACUUUGGACGGCGUCGUCUCUAAAACUUGAUUCUUCUGCCCGCAUAUCAGCUCUCAUUUGUCUCGUCUCACAAGAGAGGGCCUCCAGCAUUGCCCAGAGCACGGAAGAACUGCAGGAUGCCGUCUGCUCCCAAGUCUGCAGCCCAGCGGUCAUUGGUGGCGAUGCUGUUGGCAUCUCAACAGAGUUGGUCGAAGCUGCCGUUACACAUAAUGCCGUCAAUCCCGAGACGAUUCAAAAAAUUGUACUUGGCAUGGUGAAGCGACUUUCGAUAGAAGCAGAGUCGAAGGAGGCUCUCGAUGUGUUGGAAAUUAUUGCCAAGCAACGAAAAGACUUGUUCCGUCAAGAGGAUCCCAUUCGCACCGAACUUGUUGCUCACCUCCUUAGCUUGUCAGAACUUGCUGACAGCACUGUCUCUCUGCAGGCAUCCAGGAUUCGCUCCCUCCUGGACGGCCCAGGGCAUGGCGCGUUGCCGGUUGUCGAAAUUUUGCAGUCUAAUCUUGAUCACGCUAGACCUCAAUCUCUAGAAAUUAGCACCCUCGUCUCCCAAGCCAAAGGCGCUGCUGGAACAAAUAUUUCAUGGGAGCAUGUCUUUCCCAGUACCAACGUGUGGAUGGCGGAGCUCUCGCCGAUGUUGGAAGUGCCGCUGAAUCCAUCACUCGCCAUCACCAGCAGCAUUGGUGGUGCUCUGUCUCUACCGAAACGUGCUUUGACAUCUCCGCCGAGUCAGCUUCGAGUUUCGAGAGAUAGAAAGGGUCGAUCGGUACCCGCGAGAAUGGCUAUUUUUACCGCCCAACUGUUGAGCACGACGGAAGGCAUCGUUCUCCCCCGACAGCAGCACAUUGAGCUAUUGUACCUUCAAAUCUUGACCGUGCACCUUGCCUCGGACCAAAUUACUUUGCUCGGUCACAAUGGCCUAUGGGAAAAUUUGGACGAUGACGAAGCGAUGAACGAAGCAGAGAACCUUGUUACCUCGUCGAGGACUCUUUUGAGCAGCUUUCUUGCCGAGGCAAAAACCUGGGACUUGGCUGCGGACGAUAGAAUUGCCGCCAUCAUCCAAGGUCUUAUCAACUUCACGAUAAAGGAGUCUUCAGAAAUUUCCCCACGUGGAGUGUACAGCUCGAGGGUCCUGAGCGAGCUGUUGCAAGAACUGUCCGAGCUGCAUGGAGAUACUGCAUCGCUAGAAGAACAGCUCCUCAGGCCAGAUAUUCUCAAGGCCACACCACAAACUGCCUUACCUGCUGCUGGUAUUGUCGCCGGGCUAGGGGAGAAACUGCAGUCGUCCAAGGCAGUAAUCAACUUUUGUAAUCGACUUAUCAGCGACAUUUCUGCCGCGUCUCUGAGCAGCGACAGAACGAUCAUUACACUGGUUCUUACAACAAUGUGCGCACAGUUGUAUGGCCAAGGCGAGCUUCCCGUGGCCAAUAACCGCAUUGUAUUUGCCGUAAAGCAAAUCACUUCUUGGAUGGAUGAUGCCGGUCAUCUGGAUGCAAACGUGUGCGCCGAGAUGUGCCGCGCUCUGGCACACCUCCUGCCUUGCAUGAAGGAUGUAUACGGAUCCUACUGGGAAAAGUCACUCCAGUUUUGCGUUAGCCUAUGGGAGCGCGCAGGACAGCAGGUCCUUUCCGAGGCACUGCCCUCCGUGCACUCGUCUCUCAAGCUCUUCAAAGUCCUCGAGGGGAUUCAAGAGCCAAACGACGAUCUCCAGGAUGCGCUGAGAGACUUCUCCACGGCCAAGUCCAACGGUCUGGUGGAGCUUCUGAAACUGCGUCGUGAAGAGAAUUCGCAACCGUUGGAGAUCGUGGACGCGAUGCUACGUCGUGAGAUUGAAACGAUGCCCGUUCUGCGCAUUCCCGACCCUGUUGACCUCUUCCCCCUCGUCGCGUCCGAGUCACGCGAUAUUCAGACGGCCGCUUUUGAGAUGCUUCAUAAGAAGAUCCCCAUCCAGCAAGAGCAGCAAGCAUUCGAUAUUCUCCUGGAGAAGAAGGUUGCUCGCCUACCCGACGAGCUUCUCUCGCUCUUGCUCGAUCCGCCUACUCUUGAUAAGUUCUCGGACGAAGCACUGGCCGUCUUUCCUUCCUCCAUCCGCUGCUACCUCCUCUCUUGGAAGCUUCUCUUCGAUGCCUUCUCCGCCUCGACGUUUAAGAUUCGCAACGAUUACACGGAGCAUCUCAAGAGUGGCGAUUAUGUGAACCCGCUGCUCGAGUUUCUCUUCGACGUCCUCGGCCACUCCGCCGCCCACCCGAUCAAGCUCGACAAAGAGAACAUAGGGCCGCAGCAAAUUUGCGACUUCGACAUCAAGCUUGCCGACGCAGAGCCUGGCGAGAGGAGCAUGUAUUGGCUGCUUGCGCACUCGUUUUACCUAACCCUUAAAUACAUACCAAGCCUCUUCAGGGCGUGGUACCUUGACUGCCGGUCCAAGCAGACAAGAAUCGCCGUCGAGACAUGGACGACGAAAUUCUUCUCGCCUCUCAUCAUCGCCGACACACUAGCCGAGGUGCAAGCGUGGGCAGAUUCGCAGGAAGCGCCCCCCAGCGACGAAAAGGAACUCGUCGUCAAGGUCUCCAGGGCUGCGCGGGAAGUAACGGCAGGCUACGAGGUGGACGAGGAGCAGGCUUUGAUCGUCAUCAAGGUGCCGUCGAGCUACCCCAUCGACGGCAUCACCGUGUUGGGACAGCAUCGCGUGGCCGUGACGGAACGCAAGUGGCAAAGUUGGAUCAUGACGACGCAGGGAGCCAUCACCUUCUCCAACGGCAGCAUAAUGGACGGUCUGCAGGUGUUCCGGCGCAACAUCGUCGGCGCACUCAAGGGCCAGACCGAGUGCGCCAUCUGCUACAGCAUCAUCUCGUCGGACAAGCGCACACCCGACAAGCGCUGCUCGACGUGCAAGAACCUCUUCCACCGGUCGUGUCUGUAUAAGUGGUUCCAGACCAGCAACCAAAACUCUUGCCCUCUGUGCAGAAAUCCGAUCGACUACCUGGGCGCGGAUACGGCGAAACGACGACAGUGA